AUGCUGGUCCGCCCUCACACCCCCCGCGGACUCCUGCUGCUUGCCGUCCCCGGCACGGCCAGUGGCCCUUCCUUGGCUGUGCGCUUGAGCCACGGCCACUUUGUUGCUCAGACGGAGGGCCCUGGGCCCCAGCUCCGCGUCCAGAGCCGCCAGCGCUCACGGGCUGGCCGGUGGCACACGGUGUCUGUGCGAUGGGAAAAGACUCGGAUCCAGCUGGUGACAGAUGGGGUCUGGGCCCAGGACCGGGAGGGGCCCGGCCAGCAGCCUCGGGGGGCAGGGAGCCCCCCCCAGACUCUCUUCGUGGGGGGCCUCCCAGCUAGUGGCUUCAGUGCAAGGCUCCCCGCGGCUGCCGGCAGCUCUGGCUUCAGUGGCUGUGUGAGAAGACUGAGGCUGGACGGGCGGCCCCUGGGGGCCCCCACACGGGCAGUUGGGGUCACGCCAUGCUUCUCAGGCCCCCUGGAGAAGGGCCUGUUCUUUGCAGACAGCGGGGGUGUCAUCACCCUAGACACCGCGCCGCCUCCUGCGGCCCUGGAGCUGGAGGUGCGGCCUCGGACGGCCGCUGGCCUCAUCUUCCACCUGGGCCGGGGCCUGGCACCACCCUACCUGCAGCUGCAGGCACAGGCCGAGCGGGUCCUACUGCGGGCGGACGACGGCGAGGGGGAGUUCUCCACGUGGGUGACACGCGCUGCAGCCUUGUGUGAUGGGCAAUGGCACCGACUGGCAGUGACCAGAAGCGGGAACGUGCUGCAGCUGGAGGUGGACACGCAGAGCAACUGGACCCGGGGCCCCACGCUGGCGGCCUCCACGGACAGUGCCCAGUCACCUCUGCACCUCGGGGGCCUGCCUGAGUCCAUGAACACACAGGCUGAGCCUCUAGCGUACCGCGGCUGCAUGAGGAAUCUGGCACUGAACGGGGCCCCCAUCACGUGGCCUCGCUCUGUGGGCAUCCAGGGGGCAGUGGGGGCCAGCGGCUGCCCAGCCCCGUAGUGAGCUGCCCCUCCAGCAGCCAUGCCCGAGAACCUUCAGGGGCCCUGGCCCAGUGUCCACAGGAGGGCCGCCCCGGGCGGGCAGGCUCCCACCUCGCAGAGUCCCCAGCCCCCGCACUCAGCCGGCUCCACAUCGAGUCUGUCCGGACUCUAGAUUCUGGGGGUGAUGACACUUCCCUCUAGGACGGUGUAAGUCCUACCUAACGUUGCAAACUGAGGCUUUUGGUCCUUUUGCUUUCGGUUUCGUGCUGACAUUUCC